UCAAACCCCAGGGUGACAUUUGCUCACGCCUGUCACUGCAGACCCAGCGCGGGUGCUGCUCAGGUUUGGGGCUGCUUGAGGACAUCCUCUCACAUCCUGGUGAGUGUGUGCUGUGUCUGAGCACCUGGAUUUUAUCUCCUCCUGGACAGUGCUCACUUCAGAUGGCUGAGAACACCCCCAGGAGCCUGCAGGACACCCCCAGCUCUUCCCCUGAUGAAAAUGAGUUUCCUUUUGGAUACCCCACCAACAUUUGUGAGGACGUGCCGGGUCAGAAGUUCCUGUGCAGCAACUGCAACAACAUCCUGAAGAAAGCCCUGCAGACACUCUGUGGGCACAGGUACUGCUCUGCCUGCCUCUCCUGGAUCGUCAGGAACAAUAAAAAUGCAAUUUGCCAGAAAUGUAAAGAGGAAGAUCCCAACACUUUAGGUGAGGAAAGCCUACUGGCAGAAGAAAGGGCUUUUGGUGAUGCUGCCAUUAAUAAAGAGAUUUCUGAACUCAGAGUCCACUGUGUCACCCCUGGGUGCAGCUGGUCUGGCAUCAUGAAAGAUUUUGAAGAGCAUCAGAGUUUAUGUGAAUAUGCUUUGAUCCCUUGUCACACUGGCUGUGGGCACGUGGUGAUGAGGAGGAAGCUGGCAGAUCACUUGGAAAAUGGAUGUGUCAAUAAUGUGACAGUGUGUCAGCAGUGCCACUGCAGCCUGGCCAGCUCUGAAUACCAGGAGCAUUCAUGUGAAGGCAGUUUGUGCAAGGAACAAAAACCUGUGCAAACAGAAACAGCAUCAAAGGAAAAGAGCCACUCCACAUCCUCAGGCAGCAAGGAUGGGUGUUGUUUUUCUGAAGUUGGCUGUGAAUUUAGGGGAAGCAAAGAGAAGAUAAAGGAGCACGAGAAAUCUGCAGUGGGGGCUCACAUGCUGCUCCUGCUGCAGCACAUGAGGCAGCUGCAGGGGACCUUGUGCUCUGCUGCCAGAGCUGCACAGGGCUUCCCACAGCCAGAGCUGAGCUGGAAGAGUGCAGGAAAGAGCAUCUCUGAGCUGCAGGUCCCAGCAGGGCUGGGCUUCAGCAGGGGCCCAGAAGUGGAUUGUUUCCCUGCAUCUUCUGCUCCUGGAGAAGAGUCUGUCCUGCAGCAGCUGGUGAGGGAGAAGGUGAUUUCUGAGCUGGAAAAUAAACUGCACGUGUUUGAGAACAUUGUGGCAGUGCUCAAUAAGGAGGUGGAGAGCUCUAAUCUGGAAAUCCUGGCCUUCAGGAGGCAGAGUGAGCUGGACCAGAACAUAAUACGGGGCCUUGAACUGAAGAUUGCAGAGUUGCACCGCUGCCUGACACAGAAGGAUGCAGGUCUGAGCAGCCUGCACAAGAGCCUGCUGUUCUCUGAGCAAGCCUCCUACGAUGGGAUCUUCCUCUGGAAAAUCACAGAGGUGGGCAGGAAGCUCCAGGACUCUGUGACUGGCAGGACAGUCAGUCUGUACUCCCCAGCUUUCUACACUGCAAAAUAUGGCUACAAGGUGUGUCUGAGGGUGUACCUGAACGGGGAUGGGACAGGGAAAGGAACCCACUUGUCCCUGUUCUUCGUGGUCAUGAAAGGAGACUACGACGCUUUGCUCCCGUGGCCUUUCAGGCACAAGGUGACAUUCAUGUUGCUUGACCAGAAUAACAGGGAACACGUAAUUGAUGCCUUUCGCCCAGACCUGGCUUCUGCCUCCUUCCAGAGGCCAGUGAAUGACAUGAAUGUGGCCAGUGGCUGCCCCAUGUUCCUGCCCUUGUCCAAGCUGCAGUCCCCCAAACACGCCUACGUGAAGGAGGACACGCUUUUCCUGAAAUGCAUCAUAGAAACAAAUUAGCAAAUCCUCAAGUGUGGCUGGCUGGGGAAAUCAUCUGCUGAAUGUCAAUAGAGAAAAACCCCAUCAAUCUGAGGCCUUGUGUUAAUUGUGUGUGCACAGAACCCCCAGAGCCUGAGGCUGCAGCCCCUGAACCCACUGCCGUCAGCUGCUGCAAUGGGGUUGUUCCAGCAGAGCAGCCAACUCUCGAGGUUUGGGUGUCAGCCAGUGUCACCUCGCUGCUGGAGAAGGGGCUGCUCCUCCUCACUGGCCGGGCUGUGCUUCUGCCAGGCAGGGAUUUGGGCUGGGAGGGUCAGGGUAGG